AUGAGUGUCGAGCUUGAAGAGUUUGGAGUUGUUUGGUAUUUCUUUUGGGCUGGGAGAGAUGCCGCUGACAUAACCGGUUUAGCGGCCACAUCACGUGAAGUAAAUUUUGUGUCACGUGAAGUUGGGAAAGUUGGACGGUCUCUGAGUUACCAAGGAGUUACACUUAUCAUGGAAUUGAGAAAGGAGAAAACAUCUAAAGGGGACUUAGCCGAUGUGGAAGAUAAUAUCCAAUAUUGA